UUUGUUUGUCAUCGCACUCCAAUUACGUUUCCCGUUACGUGAAACAAAAGAAUUUGUUUGCACGCAUAUCCACGACCAUGCAAUUUCGAAAUCGUUACACACACAGUAGUCACAUGUAAAUGCAUACAUGUAAAUAAUUAACAAGUUGCACUUUGUGCCUGAGAAAUGUGUGAGCGCACUAUGAACUUGAUUACAUAUGUGUGUGUGUUUUUGAUAAGAUAUUUGUUUAGUCUUUUCACGUAGAAAAAUUGCGAUAAUUGCAGAUAAUUCUGGUAUCUAUAAUGCGCUUAUCGAAACGUCAUUAUCAUUCUGCGGACAGUUAACGCAUCGAUGAUCGACACAUUUGUAAUGAGGGAGAACAUUUCAAACUUUCCGUUUACCUCUUAUUUCAUUACUUAUUACACACACACACACACACACACAUUGCUUCACUAUAUGUCGUCGUGUCGAUGAUCAAAGUUCGCGAAUCAUAAACAUUUCGCGAUCGACUGUUUCUUAAGGCGUCAUUAUAUUUUUUCCGCGAUAUUCUGAUUAAAAGUUUUUAUUUUUUUUUUUAUUAGCUCAAUCAUAGUGUGUUUACUCGCAAAUGCGAGAAAAUAGACACGAUCUUUUCUUUCUAAUCGGUACAGUGAUAAGACUAUGGGCGGUGUUCACAGUCCGAUAUCUUAUGAUUAAAUUCGUUUUAAGGUCAUCGUAAGAUCGUGUACGGGCGUCCCAUUGGCCGCACACCGUCUGAAGAUAAACUUAAAACAAUUUUAAACAGAUCAGAAUGUGAAUAACGGCGCCUCUAUCUUUGUUUUUUGUUGAGUCAGUUGUGCAUAGAGAUCGUCGUGCUGGAAAUAGGCAGUAGUAGAUUUACAUACAAAUGUUUCUUCGGAAUGCAUUAUGAUGAUGACGAUCACAACGACGACGACGACGACGCGCAGUUCGUGACUUCGCUUCUACGACCUGAUUUAUACGCGCAAUUCAUCUUACAGUUUCUCUCGAGACGCGAUCUAAAACGAUCGUUCCCGAAUCGUUACGUAAUCGCUUCGUUAUGAAGACAUUCCCGCCGAAUGCAGAGGUGACAAAUAAUUGUGCGAUAACAUUGACGACGUGGAAGUGUCUUGAAAGAAUCUUUCUAGAGAGAAAAACUCACCACACACGCAUCAUUUCAUACGUGAAAUAAAUUCAUUUUCUGAUCAAACGUAGAAAUUAUAGUGUGAUAUUUAAUCUUGCAGUAGUUCGUUUUGCUUCAAAAAUGAUGCGGAGAGAUGAAUCGAAGAUAUACGUACCUCGUUUAUUCGAAAGUGGGAACACGCAAUACGCAUGCGCGGAAAACCCGACUUCUUUCAUUAUAAACAUGUGUGCAUGUUGUUUGCUUUCGUCCACCGCUUUCGUAAAGAGGCAAACAGUCGUGGCCGCGACACCGAUGCGGCAGUGCUCGUGAGGAGGAGGUUUGUGCGUGCGCGCGGCUCUCGCUCGAAAAAUUUUUCUCCUACCGCUUUCACCAUCGUCUCGAUGACGUCGUAGUGUCGCCGAUACAAGUUCGUUCGCGGCACGCAGACCGCAAAAAUUUUGCGGCUUCUGCGAACAGAACGCGUUACGCGCGCGACAAGAAACAACGCGUCGGCCAAUCAUCAUCUUCGCUCUCGUGGAAAGGCAACAUAUUGAUUGGCCAUCGCGUCGCUUCUAGCCGCGCGUUGACGCGUCCUGUCCGCAGAAAUCCUUAAGAACACUUUAUGCACAGGCGCGUGCGCAUACAUUAUAACAAUCGCGCGCGCCCAACGCAAAUGUUGCUCCUGUUGCUUGCUACCGCAACAUCGUAAUCCCAAAAUAGGAUCAAGGAUAACGACGUAGUAGAUUGUUUGCGUGCUGAAGCGGCGUGCAACGACGAGUCGAGAGAAACCGGUUGCGUUCGAAUUCCAUUCCACUUUAAAGAGAAGUUUCACAACAACACACAGCACAAUGGCUUCUCUUGUAGCGAGUAUCAGAAUGACAAAUUCUCUUCAUCACGUGUGCGCUUGUAUCACUAGGACACUGGCCACAAGUGUGAUGCCAAAUCCAAAAGAUGACACCAGAGAAAUAAUCGUCAGUUAUUUGGACGGGAAGGAUAACGGUAUCGCUGUGCUAGGAUUAAACAGACCCGCCGCUCGCAAUUCCUUCGGGAAAACUUUGGUCUCUCAGCUCAACGAAGCGGUGAGCAACAUCAGGCAAAACAACAAUCUGAAAGUGUUGAUUGUGCGCAGCCUCGUUCCAAAAGUGUUUUGCGCCGGGGCGGAUCUGCGGGAGAGACUGAAGAUGAACAAUUCGGAGGUGCCGGAAUUCGUGUCCUCAUUGAGAAAUCUUCUCACGGAUGUGGAGACUCUGCCAACUCCGGUGAUAUCGGCUAUCGACGGUGUGGCGUUAGGAGGUGGAUUGGAGCUCGCUUUAGCCACCGAUAUCAGAGUCGCUUCUUCGGAAGCCAAGAUGGGUCUCGUGGAGACUAAGUUGGCUAUAAUACCAGGAGCCGGUGGUACGCAGAGACUACCGAGAAUAAUCGGAGUCGCAAAGGCUAGGGAGUUGAUCUACACGGCGCGGAUUCUCGACGGCGAGCAAGCGAUGCAGAUCGGUCUCGUGAACGAGGUAGUUCCACAAAAUAAGACUGGCGACGCCGCGUAUCAAACGGCUCUCUCUAUCGCGAGAGAAAUUCUGCCUAAUGGUCCUAUCAGUGUCAGAUUGGCGAAAGUGGCUAUAUCCAAAGGCACGGAGGUGUCUCUGGAAGACGGUCUGGAGAUUGAAAAACAAUGCUACAGCAAGAUCAUAAACACGAAAGACAGAAUCGAAGGACUAGCCGCUUUCGUGGCAAAACGCGCACCUAUCUACCAGGGAGCAUAAACAUUCGCGACAACGAGCGAUAUAUAUUAUUUUUAUAUAUCGUAAACAAAAUUUCAUAACUUCUCGCAAGAGAUAUAUAUAUAUACAUACAUAAUAAUUAACAAAUCUUUCAAAUAAUCAAUUUGAAAAUUAUACUUUUACUUGAAAACGCAUUUAUAACUUGUGAUAUUGCAUUAGAAAAACAAAUAUUUUACGAUACUAACCUUGUACACCUCAUUGACCAUUUGCAUAUGCUAAUAUAAAGUAAACAUGUAUCUUUACGUCAGCGGCAAAAAACGAUUCUACGUCAUGUUGCGUACGUGUGUACAGACAGAUUUUUGAUAAAAACAAUAAAAAUGUUAUUUUUGUUUUACAUCA